AUGGUUAGUUUUCAAGAUUUCCUUACGACUGAGUCAUUUGAAGGCUUUGAAGAUGCAGCUAAAUUUGAAACCUGGAAACCAGAUAUCGAAAGUUAUAGGAGAAAAUUAGCGGAAGGCUUGCCGUCCGAAUAUAAAAUCGAUCUCCCUAAACCUGUCGAUAAGUUAAUCGAAGAAAAAUUUAAUGCUAUUGAGUAUUUGAAAGCUCAAAACGUUUACACAAAGGAGGAAUCGGAUAUCGUCAAGCUUCCUGUUGCAGAUCUCCUUUCUAAGAUUGCAAACGGUGAUUUAAAGUCAGUUGACGUGCUCAAGGCCUUUGCUAGAAGAGCAGUAAUUGCCCACCAAUUUACCAAUUGCUUAGCUGAUAUUUUCAUUGAUGAAGGUAUUAAAAGGGCGGAAUAUCUUGAUGAAUACUUGGCGAAAAAUGGUAAGACCAUUGGUCCCUUCCAUGGCCUUCCUAUUUCAUUGAAAGAACACCUCAAUUACAAGGGAAGAAUCACUCAUGCUAGUUAUGUAUCAAUGUUGAGAAACAUUCCUGAAUCUCAUGGAAAAACUACCCAAAUCCUCGAAGACUUAGGUGCUGUGUUCUACGUGAGAACUACUACUCCUCAGACUUUAAUGCAUUUAGAUUCAAAUAAUAAUAUUACGGGGCUUACAAGAAACCCUUUCAACCUUUCUUUGUCCUCUGGUGGUUCUUCUUCAGGAGAAGGCGCUUUGAUCCCAUUUGACGGCUCUCCAAUUGGAAUUGGUUCUGAUAUUGGUGGCUCAAUCAGGGCUCCAGCUGCGUUUUGUGAUUUAUAUGGCUUAAAACCUACUACGCUUCGUGUUACAGGCUCAGGUGGUGUAUCAGGAGCAGCUGGUAAUGAAAGCGUUGUUGGAACUUUGGGUCCUAUGACGAGACGUAUUGAUGAUCUUGAUUUAUGGUAUCAAAUUUACAUCAACGAAGGUAAACCAUGGGAAAGGGAUUGUAAUACAAUAUUCGCUCCUUGGAGAAAAGUCGAAACUCCCAAGCCUUCAUCUUUGAAAAUUGCUGUUAUGUACGAUGAUGGAGUAAUUAAACCCACUCCACCAAUAAGAAGAGGACUUGACCAUGUUGUAUCAAAGUUGAAGGAAGCAGGUGUUGAAAUAGUGAGUUUCGACCCCAUUAAGGUUCAGGAGGCUUAUGACACUGUAAAUAAAUUUUAUAGUGGUGAUGGAAACCAGACCCAAAAGAAUUUCUUAUCGGCAUCCGGCGAGCCACUUGUGAAACUUACGAAAUGGAACCUCAAUUUCGGAAAUGGCUCUAAAGGAUUAACAGUCUUCGAAGAGCGCCAAUUAAAUAAAUUUAAAACGGAGCUCAAGACUGAAUACCAUGACUAUUUGGAUAAGAAUGGAAUUGACUUUAUUUUGGGCCCUGUUUUCUACAACACCGCCCCACCCUCAGAGACUUCUUACAGUUGGUCCUAUACUUGCUUGUACAACUUCUUAGAUUUACCCGCGCUUUCGUUUAAACUGGGUCUUUUUGUUGAUACGAAAAUUGAUAAGUGGCCUUCAGAGCACACUAAUUAUAAAUAUAGAAGCCCGCUUGAAGAGCUUUCAAUUUCUGACUAUGAUCCGGAUCUCGUCAAAGGUGCCCCAAUCGGAUUGCAAUUAGCAGGUAGAAGGUUUAGAGAUGAGGAGGUUGUAGCUGCCGGAAAGGCCAUUGCUAAAAUUUUAUCAUUAGAGUAG